AUGGGUGGUGUGAUGUGCUAUGGCUGCCACAGAGGCCAUGGAAAUGCUGGCGGCUGCUGCAUCUGUGGCUGCGUGGCUGUCCAGACUGCCGUGAUGCCCCAGCGGUGGCGACGGCUGUGCUCCAUCGUUCACAGGACUUUGGCAGCCAUGUUGGGCUCCCUUGCAGCAUUAUCAGCGCUGGCCGUGAUUGGUGAUAGACCCAGCCUGACUCAUGUGGUGGAGUGGAUUGAUUUUGAAACCCUGGCCCUGCUGUUCGGCAUGAUGAUCUUAGUAGCCAUAUUUUCGGAAACUGGAUUUUUUGAUUAUUGUGCUGUAAAGGCAUACCGACUGUCCCGGGGAAGAGUGUGGGCCAUGAUCAUCAUGCUGUGUCUCAUCGCAGCCGUUCUUUCUGCCUUCUUGGACAAUGUCACCACGAUGCUCCUCUUCACACCUGUGACCAUAAGAUUAUGUGAGGUGCUCAACCUCGAUCCAAGACAAGUCCUAAUUGCAGAAGUGAUAUUCACAAACAUCGGAGGAGCUGCCACUGCCAUCGGGGACCCACCAAAUGUCAUUAUUGUUUCCAACCAGGAGUUGAGGAAGAUGGGCCUGGACUUUGCAGGAUUCACAGCACACAUGUUCGUUGGGAUUUGCCUUGUUCUCCUGGUCUCCUUCCCACUACUCAGACUCCUUUACUGGAACAAAAAGCUUUACAACAAGGAGCCAAGUGAGAUUGUUGAUAUUUUGCCGAGAACAUUACCAAUUAGGAUACAGUACAUGUGGAGCAAUAGGUUAUUUGGGAAACAGCUUCUUCUUGGUGAGGUACAGACUGAGGAUGCCAUGCAGAUUGUCUGGGAAAACAUUGUUUUUCAUACCUUCUCAAGAUUCAUCUGUAAAACAAGCUUACUUUUUGGAAUAUCGAAUCACCUCUGCCAGAGAAAUGGAAUGAUAAGCGGAAACUGCUGCUUUGGAGAGUAUUCUGAUGACCAG